AAGGAGGCAGGCCCGAGGGAGGGACCGCCUCAGAGGCAGACGCGCCGCCAAGAGCCUGCGGAGCUCCGCGGGCCGGGGCGCAGCCACCCGCCGCUCGGCGCGCCCGCUGGCCCCUUCCCCUCGCACCCCCCGGCAGCCUCCAGUGUCCGUCCCCAGGCAGCAUGGUGAGGUUUGCUGUGGGGCCCUCGCCACCAUGUACGUGAGCUACCUCCUGGACAAGGACGUGAGCAUGUACCCCAGCUCCGUGCGCCACUCCGGCGGCCUCAACCUGGCCCCGCAGAACUUCGUCAGCCCCCCGCAGUACCCGGACUACGGCGGCUACCAUGUGGCGGCCGCGGCGGCCGCGGCAGCGAACUUGGACAGCGCGCAGUCCCCGGGGCCGUCCUGGCCUGCCGCGUACGGCGCCCCGCUCCGCGAGGACUGGAACGGCUACGCGCCGGGGGGCGCCGCGGCCGCCGCCAACGCUGUGGCGCACGGCCUCAACGGGGGCUCCCCGGCCGCCGCCAUGGGCUACAGCGGCCCGGCCGACUACCACCCGCACCACCACCCGCACCACCACCCGCACCAUCCGGCCGCCGCGCCGUCCUGCGCCUCGGGCUUGCUGCAGACGUUGAACCCCGGCCCUCCCGGGCCCGCCGCCACCGCCGCCGCCGAGCAGCUGUCCCCCGGCGGCCAGCGGCGGAGCCUGUGCGAGUGGAUGCGGAAGCCCGCGCAGCCGCCCCUCGGCAGCCAAGUGAAAACCAGGACAAAAGACAAAUACCGAGUCGUGUACACGGAUCACCAGCGGCUGGAGCUGGAGAAGGAGUUUCACUACAGUCGCUACAUCACCAUCCGGAGGAAAGCUGAGCUGGCUGCCACGCUGGGGCUCUCUGAGAGGCAGGUUAAAAUUUGGUUUCAGAACCGGAGAGCAAAGGAAAGGAAAAUCAACAAGAAGAAGCUACAGCAGCAGCCACCGCCGCCGCCCUCUGCACCCACGCAGCCGCCUGCCCAACCACAGCCAGGUCCUCUGAGAAGUGUGCCGGAGCCCCUGAGUCCCGUGUCUUCCCUGCAAGGCUCGGUGCCCGGCAAUGUCCCUGGGGUUCUGGGGCCAACUGGGGGGGUAUUAAACCCCACUGUCACCCAGUGACCUACAGUGGCCUACAGCAGCAGAGCAAUUCCAGGUUGAGCCAUGAGGAGCGUGGACUCUGCUAGAAUCCUCAGAAGACACCCCUCCCCUCCCACCCACAAAUGUGCACCAAUUUACUAGCUCUCCGAGGAAAAAUGGGGGUUAGGAGUAAAGACAAGUGGGUUUGGAGGCCUCAAGGAAGACAUUCUCCCAUAUUUUGACAUUUUCUGGUCUGACUCUGCCAGCGAGGAGACAGGAAGUGGUCAUGGGGGCUUCAUUUAGUCCUGGCAGAAGCCUUGCCUGGCCUGGCUGAACAGACCUAGGCUUUCAGCCCCCUCCUUCCCUACUCUUUGCCUCCAAAAUCUGCAGCGUGCACCUCUGCUUGGAGCUGAGGGGAGAGGGACUCGGGGGAACACCAGUGCUGGGAGUCAAGAUGACCUACUGCACUGCCGUCCAAGGACUAGCUGGCCCCUCCUGCCUCAAGGGCAGGCAAGAUUUAAACUGCAGAAGCCAGAGGCAGCUAAGAUAGAAACCUGGACCCACUGAAGACUGCAGAACCCCCAGGCCUUUGUCUUUCUCCUCUUCCCUUCCCAGACCAGGAAAGCCUUGGCUGGUGCAUGUGCCGUGUAUGGCAUGAGGCGGGGUGGUUUUGGUCUCCAGGCCUGACAGGGGCCCAGGACAGAGGGCCUUGUUUAGAAAACCUGUCACCAGGGCUUCUCUGGGAUGAAUGUAUGUCCGUGCUGUAAAUGCCAGAGCCAACCUGGACUUCCUGUCAUUCUCACAGUCUUGGGGCUGAUGAAGAAGGGACGUUUUUGUUUUGCUGCUGCUGUUUGGGUUGUUUGUUGGUCUGUAGAACAUCCAAGCCAGCAUUUAAAACGCCUUCUGGAUCCAUGGGGAGAGAAGUGAUAUGGUGAAGGGACAUGGGGGGGUACUUGAACACAGCUGAAUUUUUUCUAAAGAGAAAAAAAGAUAAAUAGAGCUUUCCAGAUUUCAGAUUCUGUAUUUAUCAUCAGAUUUUGUCUGGAAUUAUUAUUUUUUUAAGAAAUGAAAUAUCUUCUCUAUUUGCAAGCUAGAAUUAGAAAAUCAUGGAGGGGGUGGAAAGGUUAUCUGGACAACCUCAUUUUACCCCAGAGCGUCAGAAGCCUGAGGGAGCUGCUUUUGAGACCUUCCCUGCCCCCAAGCCUGAGCCCAGCCUUGGACUGUGGAAUGUGUGGUUCUCCUGGGGGUGCCUUUGGGCAAAAUGUACAUCUGAACCGUCAGCUGCUUCCCAGAUACCUGGAAUUCUGGGGGAUGGGGUGAGAGAGCCCCUUCAUAGCAUCCCGUCAAAUCCGCACUGCUGCAAUGACAAACCCUUCAUUAGUGAUUCCCUUCUCCCGAGGGAUGCCCCACAGCCCAGCUAGUUGAACAUAAAAUAAGCAUUAAGUAAAAAUA